AUGAAUACAUCAGGAAAUUUUACACCAUCUUCAUCGGCUGUUGUAUCAACAACAAAUAUUGAUAAACAUGAACCCGAUGCUGAUGCAAUUAAAAUGUUUUGUGGUCAAAUUCCACGUAAUAUGCAUGAGUCAGAAUUGCGUGAAAUGUUUGAACAGUUUGGUCCUGUCUUUCAAUUAAAUGUUUUACGUGACAAACAAACUGGUGAAUCAAAAGGUUGUUGUUUUGUUACAUUUUAUACACGAAAAGCAGCAUUAGAUGCUCAAAAUGCUCUACAUAAUCUACGUACAUUAAAUGGUUGUCACCAUCCAAUACAAAUGAAACCGGCUGAUGCAGAAAAUCGAAAUGAACGAAAAUUAUUUGUUGGUAUGAUAUCGAAGAAUUUCGAUGAACAAAGUAUUCGUGCACUUUUUCAAACAUAUGGAGCUAUUGAAGAUUGUACAGUAUUACGAGAUCCAAAUGGCAAAAGUCGAGGAUGUGCUUUUAUUACAUUUCAAAAACGUCAAUGUGCUGUCAAUGCAAUAAAAUCGAUGCAUCAAUCUCAAACAAUGGAAGGUUGUUCAUCGCCACUUGUUGUUAAAUUUGCUGAUACACCAAAAGAUAAAGAAGCAAAAAAAACUCAACAACAAAUACCUAAUUAUAAUAAUCCUUUUAUGCAACAAAUGACUGCAGGAAAUUCCAUACCCAAUCCUCAACAUAUGAAUGCAUAUAAUUUUUUACCUGAAUUAGGUAAUUUAGUAUUUCUUCAAGAAUUAUUAAAGAAUUAUGGUUUUAUUGGUAAUAAUGGCAAUGUUAUUAAUUUUCCAGCAUUAAAUAAUCUUUUACAAAUGUUUACAAAUAAUAUGAAUUUAAAUUGUAAUAAAUUACCUAUUCUUGUACCACCGAAUACUUCAUCGAAUAUGACAUCAAAUUCUCAACAUGGAAAUAAUCGAUCAUUAAAUAUUCAAGAACAACAACAACUUACACUUGAUUCACCUCGAUUACCUUUAUCAUCUAAUUCGAAUAAUACAUCUUAUAGUAAUGAAUCUUCUUUACUUAUGUGUGGUCCAAAUACGAAUGGUCCACCAAAUACUCAUCUUAAUCCAAAUAGUAGUUUAACACCAACAAUAGCUACACCUAGUAAUGCUCCUUAUCCUCCUACAAUGCCGCCACUUUAUGCUAACAGCCCUAGUUCAUUGUCGAAUGCUGCUACAGAUGCUCAUCAUAAUUUACAAAAUCUUGUUGCAAUGUCUCAAAUGAAUAAUGGAGGCCUCUUGCCGACAGCAACUUCACCUGUAGCAGCAUCUGCUUCCUUUCCUGUCUUUCCAUCAGCAUCAUAUCUUUCUUCUCAAGUAGCUGGUAAACAUACCGAAGGUCCUGAUGGUGCUAAUCUAUUUAUUUAUCAUCUCCCACAAGAAUACAGUGACACAGAUUUAGCUCAAGCUUUUGCACCCUAUGGACCAAUUAUAUCUACUAAAGUAUUUGUUGAUAAAACAACAAAUCGAAGCAAAUGUUUUGGUUUUGUAAGUUAUGAUAAUCCAACAUCUGCUCAAUCAGCUAUAAAUCAAAUGAAUGGUUAUCAAAUUGGAUUGAAACGACUUAAAGUUCAAUUAAAAAAACUUCGAAGUAGUCCAAAUAAUAAUUUAAAUAGUCCAAAUGGAAAUCAGACUCAAACAAUUAUAAAUAAUAAUUCAAACAAUCAUAAUGGAAAUUCACCAACAACAGCAAAGAAAUGUUCCUAUUAA